GAAAAUGGCGAUUUUUGGUUUUCAUGUAAUCCUUACACUUUUGUCGGCUAGUGUAUUUGGCAAAAUUCAAGGACGUUUAUCUUUAUGUGAUAUUUUUGUGUUUAAAGGUUUGUACUAUUAUCUACUUGAAGGGUCAUUGUUUCCUAGAUUGGUAAAACACAAACAAGUACAGCAACAGAAGGGGAAUAAUCAAGGAGGAAAUGGUAAAAGACGUGGAGCAAGUGCAAGAGUUCUGGUUCUUUCCGUCACUUUAUAUUUUUUAUACAGUCAAAAGGCUACCAACAACAAAUCCUCCACAGAAAAAAUGGGAGAAGAACAAAAGGAUCGUCUUAUUCGUCUUCCAUUAAACUUGAAUGCUUUAGAAGGUGUUCCAUUUUUUGAUUCACUUAUUUGGACUUUUAAUUACAGCUGUUUUGCUUUGUUUGUUUUUGUUUUGAGCGACUUGUACAAUUUGGUUUUUCCGGAGAAUAAAGAUUUAAAUGCUUCAAUGAUUUGGACUUUUUGUGCUCUAAUAUUGCAAAUACACAUUUUAUUAAAUAUUGCUUUUGAAAAAGUGUCGCUAGCUCAAUUAUUCCCAGAAAGAAAUACACUUAUUUGUGCAACUGGUUUAUUCUUUUUGGGAUCUUUACUUUUCAAUGCUUUUGCUGAUCAAUUUUUGGAUAUUGAAAUUUCUAAAGGUUAUCUCAACUUUAUCAAUUCUUUAAAUGAUUUUUUACAAGAACAUAGCUUUCAACCUUUAUUUUCUUCAAGUUCACGCUCUCCCUUAUUAUUUCUAGUCUGUUUGGCUUUAAUUUUUUCAAUAAUUUUGAGUGCUUUUUUCUUUCCAUUGUUACAAUAUACGUCUUUAUAUUUUGAUUUUUUUGAAGAUGAGGAUGAGGAGAGAGGAUUUAAGAAUAUUUUUGUGAGAUGUGUGUUUCAUUUUUCCUUUUUGGCACCUGUUGGAGUUUUGCUUCUAUUCUUACGUCCAAUUGUUGAACAAAUUUUGGAAACUCAAUUUAUCACUCAUGAACAAUUAAAAUCUCUUCGACUUUUGGCCUUAUUUAUAACUUUAUUUGCAAGAAUUUAUGCUUCAAGAAUUUGUCUACAAACAUUAUUGGAUAAACCUAAAAAAGUUUUGAUUGAAUAUUCUUUUAGAAAUUUAAAAGAAGAGGAAAAACAGAGAAAGGUAGCCAAUUAUGCCUCAUAUGCGUGUACUGCUGCUUUACAACAUUAUAUGCCUAUUGCUAUUAUUUUAUCAAUUGGAUUAAUUUUGAAGAAUUUAGCUGAUGUUUCAUUUUCUUCUCUUUUGUAUCAAUCAACAACACCUCCUUCUUCAACAACAACAAAUACAUUAUUGGAUAAAAAAUUUAUUUUAUUAAAUAUUUUAUUUUCAAAAGAAUUUCACGAGCCUUUAUGGACAUUAGCUUUAACAACUUUAAUUUGUGGACAAUGUUUGAUUUGUCUGUUUGUCGUUAUUAUGAGGAAAACUAGUAGAGGAAGAUAG